AGGCUCAGCAGCCCAGACUGGAAGUCCCUGGGAACUUCACUCUCAAACUGCCUGAGGCCCUACUCUUCAGGUGGAGUAUGGUGAUGGUUCCUGGGGUGGAAAAGACCAUGUUCCGGAUUCUCAGUGUCUCCAGUAGUAGCAGAAUUCAAAUCCUGGUUUUAGAAGGUCUUUACUGGUUAUCACCAGCAGCUCCUCUCUACUAGGGAAGGAGCAAAGGCUGCAGCUUGGAAAAGACUUGCUGAAGGCUCUCAGCUCAGUGGUAUCAUUGUUGAGCCAUUCAGCUUCUGCCCUAGAUGGGCAUGAUCAAAGUUGGAGCACUUUUUGGAGCACUUGACAGCCUGGCCAAGCCUGAUAUCAGGAGCAGAGAAGCACCUGGUUUCUUGGGCCAGUCAGAGCAUUUCGCUAACAAGUCUGUGCCUUCCUGAUGACAACUUUUUCCCUGUCCAGAAAUCUUGGUGCUGAUUUUGAGGCUGUGCUUUGGACUGGCAUGUUCUGUAAUAACAUCUUUCCUGCCUUGGAACGGCCCGGGAUGUUGGACUUCACAGGCAAGGCCAAGUGGGAUGCCUGGAAUGAGCUGAAAGGGACUACCAAGGAAGAUGCCAUGAAAGCUUACAUCAACAAAGUAGAAGAGCUAAAGAAAAAAUACGGGAUAUGAGAGACUGGAUUUGGUUACUGUGCCAUGUGUUUAUCCUAAACUGAGACAAUGCUUUGUUUUUCUAAUACUGUGGAUGGUGGGAAUUCGGGAAAAUAACGAGUUAACCCAGUUACUCAAGGCUGCUCACCAUACGGCUCUAACAGAUUAGGGGCUAAAAUGAUUACUGACCUUCCUUGAGUAGUUUUUAUCUGAAAUCAAUUAAAAGUGUAUUUGUAACUUUAAAUAA